UGAGGAAGGUCAUUGUUAACUGGGGUGGAGGUAGAAGUAGGCAAGACAGCAUGGCUGGAUUUCAUGCUUGCAACGUUCUGGUGACUGGGGCCAAUCGUGGACUUGGCUUGGAGCUUGUCAAGCAGUUUCUGGAAAAAUCAAACCCACCUGAAAGAGUCUUUGCAGCCUGUCGGAACCCAGAGGGAGCACAGGAAUUGAAGUAUUUGGCCUCCAAGCAUCCAAACCUGGUGAUCAUCCUACUAGACGUUACUAACCUGGCGAGCAUUGAGGCUGCAGUAGCCAGAGUUGAGGAGAAUCUGAAGGGCUCUGGGCUGAACUUGCUGAUAAACAAUGCUGCAAUUCUGAGGCUGACUACACUCGAGUCAGAGACAAGGGAGAACAUGUCUGUGGUAUACACAACAAAUGUGACUGGACCUCUGCUGGUGAGCCAGGCGUUCCUGCCCUUGCUAAAGAAAGCUGCUCAGCAAAGCACCCAGAAAGGACUGAGCUGCAGCAGGGCAGCCAUUGUCAACAUGUCCAGUGAAGCUGGUUCCAUCAAGAAUCUUUUGAUCUGGGAUUUUGGGCAUUUCAUCUCUUAUCGCUGCAGUAAGGCUGCUCUGAACAUGCUCACCAAAUGCCAGUCUUUGUGCUACGCAGAACAGGGGAUCCUGACCAUCACUUUCCAUCCUGGCUGGGUGAAAACUGACAUGGGGUCCUCAAUCUCUGACCAGGCUCCACUAACACCAGAUGAGAGUGUGCGAGGUAUUUUGAACACCCUCCCCAUGCUCUCUGAGAAGGACAAUGGAGCCUUUGUGGACUGGAAAGGGAAUCAUCUUCCUUGGUGAAAUGCCUGCCCAGCCAUUGGCCAGGAGCCCUGCACCAGGACAUUCAAGUGCCUGGGCUGUCAGCAGUACUUGUCUCCUCAAUAAACUUACUGUUCCUAAUGUAAUGGCACUGCCAGGGCAUUUGUUUCAUCUCCUGCUUGAACUGUGUAUUUUGCUGCAAUGGUUUGGGUAGCUCUGAGCAUAGUGUUUCUAACCAGGGAGAGAAUUUCUAUUUCCUCCCUCCUAACAAGGGCACACAUUUAGAUGCUGAGACAUUUAGCGCACAGUUAAUUAGCCAACUGUGCAAAUGUCUCAUGUAGAUUCACCCAUUGACUACUCAUCACCUCAAUAUCAUUCAUAAGGAGAAGUCAGAGACUGGCUAAGAUUUUAACUGAUAUAGGAAGAGAAAGGUCUGGAGCUGAAAACCAGCUCUGUGAGUCAUCCCCACAGAGAUGGUCAUUUGUUGAAUUUGUGUUUGUGGUUCAAAUUACUCAGAGGUAAGAUAUAAAAAGAGGAGAAAAGGCACCAGCAUGGAAAGCUGUAUCCCUUGAGGAAAUGUUGAAGUCAAGGAGAAUGAAGACGAGGUCCUGUCUCUACGCUUGGGCAAGGAAAAAGUCAUUAAACACUUAGUGAGGGCAUUUUCAGUUGGUGCAAAGGACAAUAGAGAUACUGGAGAGAAGUGUAGGAUGGAACUGGAGGAGAGAAAUUCAGAACAGCUGCCGAAAACUGCACGCACAUUACUGACACCAAUGCUGCCUGUACCAGUCUCAAAAAGCAUGUGGCAGGUAUGUCUACAUGUUUAUGGCAGAGCUGAGUAACUAGCUACUCAGUAAAGUCUCAGCAUCUACACGUGCAGCCCUAUUAGUAAACUAAUAAAUGCUGCCAUAAGUCAGCACUUGUAAACAGAAGUACUAUCCUGAGGCAUUUAGUGCACCACAGUGUACGUGUAGAUGCUGACAAGGCUGGCUGAGGCACAAAAGUGCCUGCUGGCUAGCCCCACCCUGAAG